AUGAGUUCUAUAUUGACUUCUGGUACACUGAUGUCUUCUUGGGGUUUUCCUGAGAUUGACAAUGAACUCUUGGGAGUGGGAUUGGAGAAUCCCCAGUUGUCCGAUUUACAGAGGUUACUCUGUCCGAUUUUUGGUUAUGCUUUAUAUGAAGUUAAGAAGAAAAAGAAAAAAAGGAAGCACAAGGACCAAGCAGCUUCUAAUUCUGGUCCUAAAAGUAAUACUGGAAAUUCUAAGGGAAAAGGUUUGCAGGUGAAGCAGUCUGAUGGUAAGUUCAAGAAGAUAGGGAAUUCAAAGCAGGGGAAUUUUAAAUCUGUUCCUCAAUGUGCUAUCUGUGGAAGAGCCCAUGCAAGGGUCUGCAGGAAAGAAAAAGGUCUUUAUUAUAAGUGUGGUCAACCCGGGCAUUUUAUUAAAGACUGCCCUUUUAGUGGGGGACAGGUUUCUGCAAUUCAGGCUACCUCGGCCCCUAAGAUGAUUGAGGAGCCAUCUCUACCUCCCCCACCUCCUACUGCCCGAGUGUAUGCAGUGACUCAGCCAGAGGCUGAGAAAUCCUCUACUUUGGUGCGAGGUAUGAUUUCUAUUAAAGAUGAACUGCUUAGUGUAUUAUUUGAUUCUGGUGCCACACAUUCUUUUAUUGCUGAUUAUGUAGCCGACGCAUUUUGUCUGCCUUUGACAAUAAUGAAAACUCCUAUGCGUAUUGUUACGGUUGUGGGGAGUGUUUUUAAUGAGAAGUAUAUUUGUGAAGAUGUGAAAUUCAAGUAUGAAGGCAAGGAGUAUUCUGCCGAUUUUAUUGUUUUGCAUCUUGCAUCU